AUGCAUGCACAAGCACUAGCUAAGCAUGCACAACAUGUCUUAGCAAUGAGAGAGAGAGUUAGUAAGAAUAAGCUUGAUGCUGUUCUUCGAUAUGAACGGGAGUACAAAGCGACUAUAGUAGACCAUGAUUUCAAAUCUGGUCGUCUAGUUCUUAUGCGUAACUCCCGUGUGGAAGAUAGUCUAGACAGUAAGAUGGAUCCUCGCUAUUUAGGUCCCCUGGUUGUGAUUCGGCGGACUAAAGGUGGAUCCUAUAUUCUUGCAGAAUUAAAUGGUUCUGUCCUGGGUGGGAGAGUCGCACAGUUCAGAGUAAUACCAUAUCAUGCAAGGCAAAAGAUUGAGUUACCACAGAAAAUCCAUGACUUAAUUGAUGUGAGUCCACAAACUCUGGAGGAGCUUGUGAAUGAUGAUAAGUCUGUGAAACAGGAAUACCAGUAUCAGCCCCUCGGAAAGAACUUAUAUGGCAUUGACCGGAUCCAGUUGCAAGAUGGGGAAUCUGACUCAGACUUGUCAAUUUCAGAACUUGAAGGAGAAGAAUAUCCUCCAGAUGUGGAAAAUGAUGAGUUUGAUGAUGAAAAUAAUAGUGCCCCCAUUGCUAGCAGACUUAGAAAUGCUAGGAUUGCAACCAAGUAG